UUGAGAAUGAAGAAAGUAUUGCCAAGAACAGGUUAGUUCAACAUUUGGCUGCUAUGCUUUAUAUUAGCUAAUGGGUAACGGCUGUAUAGAAGCAUUCUGAUAUCACCGCUGUAACAAUGUGGAGCUAGAUAAUUUGAUUGCAUAUGCAUAAUCCAAAUGUGUGAAUAGCCCUAAUAUUUAACUGAAUACAAUUAUUUUAAUAUCUUUUACCCCAUGGCAUCAGAGAGAUCUUCAUAUCCAGUCAAGAUUGUUUUGAACAAGCAGAGGAUUAGCUCACAGUGGAGAGACGGAGAGAUGGCUGUUGGAGAGGACUCUCAACCCCAGGUGUGAUACAUCACCUUUUACAAUUACAGACUUAUUGGAUCAAUUCUGUUAUUGGACUAGGAUAAUUUAGUUUUUGUGUGAUUCAUUAAUACCAAAAGGGUUAGAUAUGGCGUGUGUGUCCAGAGUAAUAACCUCAGUCUCCUGUUACAGCCUACAGAUGUGGAGCAGAGAACGGAGACUGAACCCAUACUGAUCAAAGAUGAGGAGACAACAGAGGACGUGUGGAAGACUGACCCUCAGGAAGAGCUUAUGAUCACUGGAGAGGGUGGGUGCUGACAUAAGGGGUACUGCUCUGUCUGUCUAUGGAAGACUGUGUUGGUGUGGUGGUAUGCACAUUGCAAAGUGCUACAUUGAUGUUGGGCGUUUUCUGUUCUGGCAUACGGAGCGCAAAUAUACACACAGUCCGUUCUAAAGCAGUCAUGGUUUGCUACUGGUAGCCCUUUACACUCGUAUCUCUAUAUGGGUUGAAAAUUGUAGAUUUGGGCACUGACAAGUUGGUUUGUUCUGAACAGAAUUAGCCUAUUUUUGUCUAUUGGGAAGAACAUUUGGCACAGAACUCACUCCUGAAUGCACGCAUGAUUCCUUUCUAUUCGCACCAAAAUUACGAUCUGUUUCUCUGAAUUGCCUUGUGAAAGCCUAACACUGUAAGAUCGUAUUUUAUAACUUAGCUAGUCAUGUUGGCAAUAGAACAGACUUUCAAAUGAUGCCCAGCUGACCCAGAUUGUGAUUUAAAAUGGGCAGGUUUUGGAUUACGUAAACAACUACAGUAAUUGUGUGAAGGCGGGGAUGCAGGGGCUGUGUUAUAAACAAAACAACUACAAGUGAACUUGUUCUAGUUCCUCAAAUGCACCUUAUAGUUGUAGACUCUUCUUUAAGUCAUGAAAGUGUAUUGAAAUUACUUAGGAACUGUGCAAACACCAGUUAGUCCUCUCAGUCAAACCCUUGUCAUUUUUUUGUCUUAUGUUGCACCUACCCCACAUUUCCAGGAUUAUUCUUAUCAUGUUACUGAAUGUAUCCAGAAUAUUUUCAGAUUUUGUUCUCAACAAAUGCGGCAAAAAGUACAGUAAAUGUAAAAUGCACAUAAAAUCAAGUGUAACGUUUGGAUUCAGUCUUGUCAGGUGAACUGUUGUAUCCUCAACUUUAGUCUAAUAAUUUCCCCCAAAUCUCCAAACUGCUCCCUUUCAACUGCUACCAUGCUUAUCCAUUUCAUAUGACUUCUGUAAGAAACAUUUUAAUUUAGCCCUAUCUAUAUAGGCCAUUUCCCACAAGUGUAAAGGGUUAAGGUUCUUUUUUAAUGUUUCUUUAAUGUUUAUCUCCAAAUCUUUAGAGUCUGGUUCCAAGGCUGAGCAACCACCAUCCUUUGAGCAACGGCAUUGUGAUGAAGACUUCAAUGCACAACCCAACAUAUCUCCUGAAGACUCAGUGGAACAUUACCCCAAUUCUGAUCGUCCAGAGGAACCAGGCAGACCCCGGCUCACGUCUACAGAGAAGUCAAAGGGGUUCAGGACAGAGCAGCACCGGCCAGCCGAGGACGAGGACUCACUAGAGCUAGUGAUGGUGAAGGAUGAGAAAGAGGAGGAGCUGGAUCAGACCACAGCCCUGGCAGGACCUGACCAGUUUGUCAUGGAUGAGACUGAUCGGCAUCGGUGGACCUCUGUGGAUCCAGGCAGAGACACUGACCCUGAUGGCCACCCAGAUUUCUCCUUUCAUGCCACAGAGGAGUACUCUCAGAAUAUCUCAAUUUUCCCAUCUCAUAGUGGGCUGCCAUCCAUUCCUACUAUGACAGAUGAUGUAGGGCCAUCGCUUCACUCUUCUAUAGGGAAACCACAUGCUAACAUGUUCAGUGCAGCAGCACACAUGAAAAUACAUGUCAGGACAUUGGCUGAUGAGACUAGACAACAGAUGCCAGAAGGACAGAGCAGCGAGAGGCUGAACUCAAAUAAUGACGGAAAUAAUUUAUCUCUACAGUCAAGGCAGCAUCAGUACAGGGCUUCAGAAGCAACAGCGAGAUCGAGUGAGGGCAUGACAGGGUCAAACAUGGCCACCACCUCCACCUUCUCUGGAUACAGCCUGAGUCGCAGUAGUUUUAACAUGGUGAAGAGAAUGAGGACUCAGUGGAGGUCGGGUGGCACCACCGAGAGGCGUUUCAGCUGCACCUUCUGUGGAAAGAGCUUCCAGCGUUUCAGCCAGCUCAAAGAACACCUCCGAAGUCACACCGGAGAGAAACCGUACACCUGCGAACAGUGUGGCAGGAGUUUCACCAAGCACUGCAACCUGAUCAGACAUGCUGUGGUCCACAGCGGGGAGAAGCCUUACGAGUGCACACAGUGUGGGAAAUGCUUCACCCAGAGCUCCAGUAUGAAGUCACAUCAGAGAACUCACGUAGGAGAGAGUCCAUUGUCUCAAUACGUUGUACCUGCAUACCCUGGGGAUCCACAUACAAGUUUGUUGUCUCAGACCAGGUGGAACAAAUAA